AAUUUGCUUGUCAAAUUGAAUGUGAUCAAUUCAACGAUUUCGCGGAUAUUUCAAUAUUAGUGUGUCAAAUAAAAUAUUUAAGAAUGCAUCGAUUCCAAACAUUUCGGUAUCAGUUACACAAAUUAUCUAAUAUUAAAUUUAUUCAAGCUAGCCGCCGUUGCUAUGCUAAAGAGGUCAGAUUUGGACCGGACGUCAGAGCGUUAAUGCUUCAGGGAGUUGAUAUUCUUGCUGAUGCCGUUGCAGUAACUAUGGGACCUAAAGGUCGCAACGUUAUUUUAGAGCAAAAUUUUGGCCCUCCAAAAAUAACUAAAGACGGCGUGACUGUCGCUAAAGGGAUAGAACUAAAAGAUAAAUUCCAAAAUAUUGGCGCUAAGUUAGUACAAAAUGUAGCUAACAAAACAAAUGAAGAAGCAGGAGACGGGACGACUACUGCAACGAUUUUAGCUCGAGCAAUUGCAAGAGAAGGUUUUGAAAAUAUUUCGAGGGGUGCUAACCCAAUAGAAAUUAGAAAAGGCGUAAUGUUGGCUGUAGAAACUGUGAAAAGUAAACUUGCAGAAAUAUCAAGGCCAGUGAGCACAUCUGAAGAAAUAGAACAGGUGGCUACCAUUUCUGCGAAUGGAGAUAAAUCGAUUGGGAAACUAAUUACUACAGCUAUGAAUAAAGUUGGCAAAGACGGAGUUAUAACAAUUAAGGAAGGGAAAACUUUAGACGAUGAUAUUGAAAUUAUAGAAGGCAUGAAAUUUGAUCGCGGUUACAUUUCACCAUAUUUUAUUAAUUCUGCUAAAGGCCCUAAGGUUGAAUAUAAUGAUGCUUUGAUAUUGUUUUCUGAAAAGAAAAUAUUUACAGCGCAGCAAAUAAUACCAGCUCUUGAAAUAGCUAACGCAAAAAAGAAGCCUUUAGUAAUUAUUACCGAAGAAUUAGAUGGUGAACCUUUGUCCAUUUUAGUAAUCAACAAACUAAAAGCUGGACUACCAGUUGUAGCUGUUAAAGCUCCUGGAUUUGGAGAUUAUAGAAGGGAGUCUUUAAUUGACAUGGCCAUUGCGACUGGUGGUGUUGUGUUUGAAGACACUGCUAAUUUAAUAAGGCUGGAAGAUUGUCUACCAGAAAGUCUUGGAGAGGUAGGAGAAGUAGUGAUUACUAAAGAUUAUACCAUUUUAAUGAAAGGCAAAGGCAAUCAAGAUGACAUAGCCCAGCGCAUUGCACAGAUCAAAGAAGAAUUAGAAGAGAAAAGUAAUGACUACGAUAAACUGCGUUUAAUAGAACGUUUGUCUAGACUACAAGCAGGAGUUGCUGUUUUAAUGAUUGGAGGAUGUAGCGAAGUUGAAGUUAAUGAGAAAAAAGACCGUGUUAACGAUGCCUUAAAUGCAACAAGAGCUGCCAUUGCUGAAGGAAUAGUGCCUGGUGGUGGAGCUGCACUACUUCGAUGCAUACCAGUCCUCGACACUCUAACGCCAGCUAAUUGUGACCAAGCUAUCGGUAUUAAUAUCAUUAAAAAAGCUUUACGCACUCCUUGCUUAACUAUAGCUAGCAACGCUGGAUUUGAUGGUUCGGUUGUAGUAUCUAAGGUAGAAGCAAUGGACAACGAUUACGGCUAUGAUGCUUUAAACAAUGAAUAUGUUAAUUUGAUUGAAAAAGGAAUAGUCGACCCGACGAAGGUUGUACGAAGAGCUCUAACUGAUGCUAGCGGGGUUGCGUCUUUGUUAACAACAGCAGAAGCUGUUAUAUGUGAUCUCCCAAAAAAAGAGUCUUUAACUUUAGGAGGUUCACCAGAAUUUUCUCCUGAUCUGGAUUAGUUCCUUCGUUUUGCUCUUUGUCACUGGAGUAGUAGUGUAUUCGUUUGGUUC